AAUACGAACAUAUAUAAUAGCAGCACUACCCAAAAUUCUCUCCGCCUAAAACCCUUCAAGUUGGUCUCUUUUUCUUACUCUGAAUCUGUUUGAUUCUUUUUCCCAAAACCCUUUUGUUGUUUUUUGCUUCUUUUUUUUUUUUUGUCUUCCUCAAUGGAGAUAGAACAGAAACAAGCCCAGCUGAUCGAUCACUUUGUGAAGCAAGCCUCUACUCUCCAAGGCUCUUCUCUCGUCAGCCUCAUCGUCCAACUCACCUCUCACAAUUCCCUCUUCGCUUUCUCUGAGAUUCUGGCCGUCCCCAAUGUCCUCCAGCUUCAAGGAACUGAAUAUGCUGUAUACAUUGAUAUGCUUCGCCUCUUUGCUCAUGGUACAUGGAGCGAUUAUAAAAGUAAUGCUAGCCUUCUUCCACCACUAGUCCCAGAUCAAAUCAACAAGCUGAAGCAACUUACUGUGCUGUCUCUAGCUGAGGCGAAUAAGGUUCUAUCCUAUGAUCAACUCCUUGAGCAACUUGAUCUUUCAAAUGUACGUGAACUUGAAGACUUUCUUAUCAAUGAAUGCAUGUAUAUGGGCAUAAUCAAAGGGAAGUUGGAUCAUUUGAAAAGAUCUGUUGAGGUUCAGUUUGCAGCUGGGAGGGAUCUGAAACCUGGACAGCUUGGGAAUAUAAUAGAGACCUUAACGGAUUGGUUAGCCACUACCGACAAUGUACUUCUCACAAUUGAGGAGAAGAUCAAAUGGGCAGAUAAGAAGUGUGAGUUGAAUGCAACACACCAAAAGGAAGUCAAGGACAGAGUAGAAGAAGUGAAGAAGUCUCUUAAUCACAACAGGUUGCCUCGUGAAUACCGUGUUGAAGACUUUAUGUUUGGUGAACCAGCUGGAUUAAUGGACUAUGAAGAAGAUCGAACCCGAAUGAAGAGGAGAAGGUCGCCAAGAUAUUGAAACUGCAAGGAAUCCUUCAAUAUCUUUUGGAUGGCUGUCAGAUUUUAUUUUUCAUGGGAAAUUGCAAUCAUAUGAUAAAUCUCUCAAGUAUGAUCUUGUUAAUGUUUCAAUUGAACCAUUGGAGAGGAGGUGAAGUUUUCUUUUAGCACAAUGCAUAGUACAUGGUAGGAUGAUGGUAUAGCAUUGCAAAGCAUCCCGUGUAUUUAUAAAUUUUAUAUCCUAUAACUAAUGCACCUUGCUGAGUUGUGAUAAUUGGUUUUUCAAAUGGGGAGUUAAAUUGGUACCCCUUUUUUACAAA